AUGAGCACCCUUCAUAGCAACUCCUCUCAUGGGACUCUUUCGUCUCUUCCAUCCCUCGGCCCUCUGUCACAUCGUUCCGCCGAGCACAACUCCCUUAGCAAUUCCUCUUCACGGCGAUCCCAUCGAGGCUCCGGUCUCGUUGAGGACAUCGGAACGCAGUCCGGGAGGGGAAAUCCACCCCAUCGUGCCAGCGCCCGCAAAACGGAUGGCCUCCGCGGCGACCGACCGGAGUCCAAACCCACCAGCGCGAGCAACAAACCGCGAGGGGGCGGGGUCACCCCCCGACGACCCACGCCCCCCACCCACGCCACGACGAGGGCGGCCGAGUCAUCGAGGCUUACCCACCCUCCAAAGAGCGCCUCUUCCGUCGAGGAAAGCAAUAAGGAAAACAUCAACCAACUCGCGAAGAUUGAGAGGCGGUAUGAGCACAUGAAGCCAAGCCCCUUGACGCUGUCUGGCCGACUUACAGUGACAUCCGCACGCGGCAGCGCGAGGUGCUCCACGGGGAUCCAACCCGCCUCGGCGCGGCAGCUGCACAAAAAUUUCCUCUCGAAAUUUGAACGGCCGCCGACCGCCAGAAGAACGACAGAGGUGCACGAAAUGGGCCCUAGCAGCGUACGGCAUCUGCCGAUGCCUAUCGUCUCCCCGCGCACUGCUUCGGCCUCCGCGAAUGGAGAGGCCUUGACAACUUCGAGGGUUAUGGAUGGGAACACGAGAGAAAUGUUCUUUAGGCAGGAAUACGUUUUCUUCCCAGAGGAUGGAAAGAACGGUGAAAAGGCGAGAUCUACACAGUCAAUCACACUUACCAUCCAACCCAAACAAGCUAUGAACCAUGUCAAACAAAUCUUACCCAAGUAUGGUAAAUCUAAUGGAGAAAACAUUCAGAAGACGCCGAGAACUUUAAACCGUUCUGAGAGGAAGGGAGAUAGCAACAAGAAUAAUAGAGAUCCUGUGGAGAAGGCAGAUUCAAGUACGUCAGAUGCAGAUGUAGCAGAGGGCGAGCCCAAGGACCUCAAGGCAAGGAUUUGCACGACACGAAGGAAACUAGCAAGGGUGGAAUCUGACAUGAAGCGCUACACAGAAACUUUAUAUCAACGGGAGACGGAGAAGAACAUGAAAGAAAGCAUUCUAAAAGAGCUCAAGCAGCAGGUUGAAAAUUAUGACGAAUGUUAUUCAACUGCCUGCGCUAUGUGCCGUAAGUUUGAGGUCCAGUGUCGUUCCCAGGAAGAGCUAGAUGUAUUACGUGACAUGACUGAGGAGCGUAAAGUACGUUUAGAAAACAUUCAGCAGAAAUCUGACUCACUCAACUCCCAGUGGAACCAAUUGCAACUUUUGCAUGAGGAAAAUUCACGAGAGAGCGAAGAUAAUCAAAAAGCAAAUAGCGAAUCGCCGAUGAAAGAUAUGUGCGACACUGAUGAAUGCACAGACCGACACAAUGACUGUGUUUCUUUGCCAUCCCCGACGGCUUCCAAGACCGCACAGGUGCAACGCGAGUUUUCGCUUUUUUCGAACAACACUUGCAACGUCCUUAACCGCUUUCUUAAGGACCUCCUCGCGGAGGUUGAAGAACUGACCAAAACCUGUAUCCAGGUUCCCUCGCCCUCAGAUUCUUCGCGAGUAAGCCAGGGAAACCGUAACGGACGGAGGUCCUCCAUAAAAGGCAGCAAUGGCUUUUUUUCCUUCUUUGGGGGUGCGACGGAGCAGCAUCUUAGCGCGAAGCCGCUCUCAACCUUCUUGUCAGGUAUCAGUCGACUUGAGCGAUCUGCGUGGCGAAUGGAGGAGGAGGUGCAGCUGCGGGCCCGUGAGCUAGCCAAUGUAAGUGAAGAAGAGGAACUACGUGACAAAUUUCAGGUGUUUUCCGUUUUGUCUGGGACCAACCUUACAUCGCAACACUCCAAGGUUCUGAUGACGCCGAACCGCACCGUUAAUAUUGACCAAGGCUCUGAAACGGAGGGAAAACAAGUUGUAGAAUUUUCCACUCCUUUGACCCCGCUUCAAACGAGUAGCCAAAAAUUACAGCACCUUCAAAAUUCUCCCGAGUUCCUACCCUGCUCUCCAAUCCGAGACCGAAACAACGUUGUGGCAGCUGCUCGAGACAUUAUGGAAUCCAACGGUAGCCCAUCCCACAUAGCACCUAGCAUAGGCACAAUUUCAAUGAAACCACAGGAGUUGUCCUAUGUGUACCCCCGUCUACGUGAUGCUAGUCAUGACAUGGAUUUUCAACAGCUGCAGAUUCGCGUGGAUUACGAGAAGGAAGUCGAAAAACAGCGAAGCAAAGUACGAUUGAUGGCAAAAAAGCUCCGAGACGCGUAUAGAACACAGAUCGAGCCUCUUCUCCGCACACGCAUUACUGAGUUAAAGCAGCAGCAGGUACUCAUGGCACAUGAACUCAGGGAUUUAGGAAUCGCUGAGGUGCAUCUAGAGCGGGAGGGACAGUGGUUUACUACAGAGAACAUUGAUAGCACUGAGACGUGUGAUUACCAUGAUGAGGGCUUCCACAAUCACGAUGCGUGUGAGCGUGGGAAAUUCAAAGAGUAUUCAUCGAAUGAUGUCAACGGCCGCUACUCUUCGGUGCAAUCUAUGGUCGGCUACAUUGACACUUUUUCCCCUCGUCGCGUUCAUUCGUCUGCGGCAAGAUCCUUUUCCCAACGACAGAAACCGACCAAGUUAGUGAACUGCGUUACGGUGCGCACCCUGCAGUUAGCGGCGGACUUCAGUAAAUCACAACGCGGGGAUCUCUCCCUUAACACCUCAGUGUGCACCGCGUACGAGUCCAGGAAAUCGAAGUGUGAGGCUACCGCAAUGAGGCUUCCUUCACGUACCGGUACGCUAUCUUCCCGUUCGGAAGGAGGCAGCCACCGGGGUUGCAUGACCCCUCUAUUCAGUGCCCGUGCCGCCAACGACGUGCCUUUGAAUAACAUAUCGUCCGUCUCCGCGAGGGCUCCAAUGCCGGAUGACCUUCCCCCUUCCAGCAGUCGAGCCCGACUGUCCACGGGCACCAUCUUGGUAGCCACUCCGAGAAAAGAGAACUCGAUGUCAUCUAUCACCGCGAGUGAUCCCAAGCGCAGCUUGCAGUCUGUAUCCCCCAUUACCAAGACAUCUCCGUGGCUUAAAUGUGGGCGUGGCUCGGUGCUGCUGCGCAGUCCACGAGGUCCCUUAGCAGUAUCCACGCCAACCUCCGUAAGGGCGAGCUCCAGGGUUCAGGGCGCUACCGUCGCACCAAAAUCUCGCAGCCUCGCUGUGAAUCCGGAAGAGAGCACGCGAGAUACGGUGUCCUCGAUUUUUAUUGAGGAGACCCUGGAGCCCCAGCGGCCGACGCCGCACGAUGUGCAAACCCACCUCUGGGGUGUCCAUCCCGACUACCGCCCCGAUCUUCAGCUAGAGCGUGGGGCGGUGAAGGUGACGUUGUUGUUUUACGGCCAGGAAGCUAGACGCCGCCGUGCCUUGGAGGAACGGAAUACCGAACUCUCAAAGGGGUUAUGGAGUCUUCGAGAAGAGCUAGCUCGCCUAGAGGAGGACGCCUAUAACCAGCGUCGGGCGUUAGAGGAACUGGAGGCAAACUACCUGACCGAAAAGGAGAGUCAUGCGGCGAGCUUGCUUGAAGCGCAAAAUAAUUUAAAGGAUUCACGGCAGUGUUUCCUUGCGCUUAAACGGGAAUACGAAGAAUGGGAUACCAUACGACAGGAACUGAAUUCCUUGGUGACAUCAUAG